GGAGGGCGGCCAGAAGCCCAGCGUGCGUUUGCGCGCUGUUACCGACUCGUCGACGCCUACGGAAUUGUGCUGGUAGAUGGGUACUUCGACUGCUUUGUUUUGAAGUCUGACAGUCUGCCCGAAAAUUUUUCAGCGGUGAGGAAAUUAAGCAGCCAGUCUCUUUGCACUAGGUGCUUGAAGCAAAACUUUGAGCCGAACCCCGGAAACGAGAUGCUGCAAGUGUCCUUCUUCGCCUUUGCAGCGCAGAGUUAAUGCCGAUCCUGGCGGAGUUGGUUCACUGGUCAGCGCCCAACGCGGAGCAAAACUUUCAGCGAGUUCGCGAUGCCUAUGAGGUUCUUUCUGACGAUUCCCGCCGGCGUGAGUAUGACCGGCAGCUAACUCCGCAGUCGGGCCCGAGGGUCACUCGAACUCACUACUAUCGCUGGCAGCCAGGAGGCAUGCCUCGUACACAGGGUGGGUUUACCAACGAGGAAGCAGCCAGAGCUCGACAGGAGCACGAGGAGCUUCGCCGACGAGCUGAAGCGCAGUUCUUCGUGCAGUUUAACCAGUACCGGUAUCGGAGAAGCUUGUCGGAGUCACUCUUUCGAUUUCUGCCGCUGUUUUUGCCAGUUUGGACCGUCCUGAUGCUUUACUCCUUCUACCGUCGGAGCAAGAACAUUGAGCAGGGCUCUCCCGCAGAGAGCUUGCUGUUUGACCAGGAAGGCAAAGCAUUUGCACGUGAUGCGUAUGGCAGGCUUCAUCGGAUGCCUGAUUUGGACCGCCAAAGAUAGCACUCAGCUUGCAGCCUGAAUGGUCAGCGUCAGUUUGCGGAAGACGAACAGCUCUAACUUACAAUCCACCCAAUCCAACUGAAUCCAGUUGUUUCGAAGGUGGAGCUUACAAGCACAAUCCUUUGUAAAAAGAAUCCCUUUUUGUCCUCCACGGAAAAAGAGCAACCCCUUUACAUGACUUCACCUCAAAGAGAGCUGAAACUGCAAAGAUGCAAAGCAACUUUGCACUCCUCAGCAUCUUUCAGAGGAUCUCCGCAAUGACCAUUAAGAUGCUCAAUUUUGAGAUUGCAAGACAUUGUGGAUCUGAAUUGAUUUAGUGUGCUCCAGCCAUUGAGGAGCAAGGUAGUUGUUUUCUGAGAAACUCUGCCCUACUUGGCUUAGAGACACGGCGAUUUAUGAUCCCUUCGAACAGUUUGUGCAGACGGUUUGCCUCUUAGAUGGCUUGGUCAAUGAUUUUCAGCGUGUCGCAUCCCUGCGGUACAGUGACAGUGACAAAUCUGUCAAAAAGAUGUUGCCAAACACAGCCAUAGACGGACCAUGACUUCUCAACAAACUGAGAAAACCAAAAACAG